AUGUCGGACCAUGCCAUUCUACGUAUCACACGUGAAUCCGAUAUCCGCAACGUCAAGGCGUUGAUUGUUGGUCCUCCUGGGACUCCCUAUGAGUUUGGCUUCUUCGAGUCCUCAAGCACAUGGCGCGGCGAGAGGGGCGAAGAAUGGUCAUCGGCCCAAGGCCUGGAGUCGAUCUUGAUCUCCAUCCAGAGUCUGAUGUCCUCCAACCCCUACGAAAAUGAACCGGGUUACGAAGAUGCCAAGUCUCCCGAGGACAAGAUCAUGAUGGCUCACUACAUCGCGAAGAUUCAACACGAAACUCUACGGAUUGCGGUGAUCCAGCCUCUUGAAGAUUCUCUCGGGAUUCAAUUGGAUGGAACCCUCCUCCCUCCUACGAAUGCGAGUGACACGGAUGACGAAGAGACAUGUUUUGAGGACGAAAAGGCGGCGUUUGAGCCUUUUAGUGAUCUUCGCAAGAGGCGUUUCUUGUGGUAUUACGAAUCCUACAUGCAGACGAUCGAAACCGCUGCGCAGAAAGUCAAACCGCAAGAGAAGUUCCAGCAAAUGUCUUUUGAGGGUGGAGACAAUGCCAUGGCUGGGGUCUUCGACUACCCGGAAUUGAAGAGGCGGAUACGUUUUAUCAAAGAAGCCAUCCUUAACGAGACGAAGAACUGGGCAGUUAAAGGUCUGGAGGCGAAGAAACGUGAAUCCAGAAUUGCGGUCAACCUACAACGUCAGUAUGAGCAGGUUGUUGAAGAUCUUCAACGCCAGAAGGCCUUCGCUAUUGACUUGACGCUCUUGGACGAUAACCCAUUCGUCUGGAAGAUGACCUAUUUUGGACGGCCCAUGACACACCUCGACGGCGGAAUCUUCAAGAUUAAGAUUCACCUCAGUCCCCGCUUCCCGGACGAGCAGCCGCGCGUGUUCGUCGAAACUCCUCUCUUCCAUCACCGCGUUUCUAAGGACGGAGUGCUUUGCUACUUGCCCAGGCGCACGGAAGAGAUGAAGCAUCAUAUCGAGGCGAUUGUGGAGGCCCUGGAAGAAGAAUCUCCGCCCUACGAUCCGAGAACGACGGUGAAUCUGGAGGCGUCAAAGCUCUUCUGGGGCUCAGCCGAGGAGAAGAAGAAAUACUACCGCGCACUGAGAAAGUCGGUGGAGAGAAGUACAGAGUGA